AUGGGUUCCACAGAAGACCUUGAUUACCCUCAAACCAUCUUGCAAUACAGCAGUGGAUUUUUAGUCUCAAAGAUUAUGUUCACUGCCUGUGAGUUGGGGGUGUUUGAUCUUCUGCUGGAGUCAGGAGAGCCUCUGUCUUCAGAUGCCAUUGCUGCACGCUUGCAUACCAGCACCACAGGAAUGGAAAGACUGCUGGAUGCCUGUGUGGGAUUGAAGCUCUUGGCAGUAGAGCUGACACAAGAAGGAGCCCUCUACAGAAACACAGACAUUUCCAACAUCUACCUAACCAAAUCAAGUCCCAAGUCUCAGUAUCAUAUUAUGAUGUAUUACUCCAAUACAGUUUACUUGUGCUGGCACUACCUGGCUGAUGCUGUGAGAGAAGGAAGAAACCAAUAUGAAAGAGCUUUUGGCAUUUCAUCUAAAGACCCUUUUGGAGCAAUGUACAGAUCAGAAGAAGAAAUGCUGAAAUUCAUGGCUGGCCAGAACUCAGUGUGGAGCAUAUGUGGCAGAGAUGUUCUUGCUGCAUUUGACCUUUCCCCUUUCAGGCAGAUCUAUGACCUGGGAGGGGGUGGAGGAGCUUUGGCCAGGGAGUGUGUUUCUUUGUACCCAAAUUCCACAGUCACAAUUUAUGACCUGCCGAAAGUUGUGCAAGUGGCCAAAGAGCAAUUUGUUCCCCCUGAGGAGCAUCGUAUCGCUUUCCAUGAAGGAGACUUCUUUAACAACACAAUUCCAGAAGCUGAACUGUAUCUUUUAUCCAAGAUACUGCAUGAUUGGGAUGAUGAGAAAUGUGGGCAACUGCUGGCAAAAGUCUUCAAGGCUUGCAAACCUGGUGGUGGAGUGCUGCUGGUUGAAUCACUUCUGAAUGAAGAUAAAAGUGGGCCUUUAGAAACCCAACUGUAUUCGAUGAAUAUGUUGGUCCAGACAGAAGGAAAAGAGCGAACAGCAGCAGAGUACAGCAAGCUCCUCGAGGCAGCUGGCUUCAGAGAGAUUCAAGUCAAGAGGACUGGAAAACUCUAUGAUGCUAUUUUAGGAAGGAAAUAA